CACACAUGACCAUCUGGGCCGCCUCAGCAACCAAGAACGAUCCUCUACAGCAUCGAUGAGUCCGAAGACAAUCUCAGCCGUUAAUCACGCUCUGAUCAUGUGGCCACAAUUCAUCCACCAAACUUGGAUUCCUGUCUCCUUAGUGCUAAAGGACACAGAGGUACGAGCCUAUAGAACAGAUCCUGUUCAAGUAAGGUCGUGUCCAGCUAAGCUUCCCCGGAUAAUAUAAACACCUGCUUUCAACUGAAACUAAGCGAUGUGGUAUUUUCUUCCUUCGAUCUCUCGGGCCAAACUAAAUCCGGCCCUACUCCAGGCCCAGCCCACUCUCAGGAUGUGACUCUUCUUUCUCCGUUUCGCCUACACGUGUCCCUAUUUUUUUAGUUUAUAUUAUUAUAAUUAUUUUCACACUUCGAUCUGUCGCUCCGCGGCGCCAACGAAUUUGGAUCACUCACUUGCAAAUUGCAAGCAAAUCAGGUAUUCAUCUGUCUACCUCCCUUUCUUCUUCUUCUUGUUCGAUUCUUUCUUGUAAGCUCUGCAAAACCUUGUUUGUCUUCUGAGAAACUUUGUAUUUCUGUGAAACUAGUCUGGUGGCAGGCUGAAGCUGAUUCUCUACUUGCGAUGGAACGCCUCAAGGGAUCUGCUCGUCUUAUGAUAGUCUCAGAUCUUGAUCACACCAUGGUUGAUCACCAUGACAAGGAGAACAUGUCUCUCCUUAGGUUUAAUGCACUGUGGGAAGCCCACUACCGAUUCGACUCCCUCCUGGUGUUCUCCACGGGGAGGUCGCCCACGCUCUAUAAGGAAUUGAGGAAGGAGAAACCCAUGUUGACACCUGACGUAACGAUAAUGUCUGUGGGAACUGAGAUCACUUAUGGUAACUCGAUGGUACCUGAUGAUGGUUGGGUUGAAGUUCUGAAUCACAAAUGGGAUAGGAAGGUUGUCAUUGAGGAGACUAGCAAGUUUCCUGAACUUACUCUCCAGUCAGAGACAGAGCAACGGCCUCACAAGAUUAGCUUCUAUGUGGAUAAAGCUAAGGCUCAGGAUGUGAUGAAGGCUCUCUCCGGGAUAUUCCAGAAGCUUGGGUUGGAUGUGAAGAUAAUUUACAGUGGAGGAAUGGAUCUGGAUAUUCUUCCACAAGGAGCUGGAAAAGGCCAGGCCCUGGCGUACUUGCAUAAGAAGUUCAAGAAUGAGGGGAAGCUACCCAAGAACACUCUUGUCUGUGGUGACUCUGGAAAUGAUGCAGAGCUAUUCACCAUUCCUGAUGUACAUGGGGUUAUGGUUAGCAAUGCUCAAGAAGAACUUCUGCAGUGGUAUAAUGAAAAUGCUAAGAGUAAUCCUAAAGUAAUGCAUGCGACUGAGAGGUGUGCAGCUGGCAUUAUUCAAGCCAUUGGUCAUUUUGGCCUUGGUCCAAAUACUUCUCCAAGAGAUUUAACUAAGCCAAAAGAAGGUGAUUCAGAAAGCAUCCAUCCCAAUCAUGAAUUGGUCAAGUUCUUCUUGUUCAUGGAGAAAUGGAGGCGUGCAGAAAUCGAGAAUUCAGAGGAAUAUCUGUUGAGUUUCAAAUCUGAUUCAGAUCCAUCUGGGAUUCUUGUCCAUCCAUCUGGUGCUGAGCUUUGUCUCUCUGAUGCCAUGAAUAAAAUUAGGAGUUGGUACGGUGACAAGCAGGGGAAACAGUUCCGGAUCUGGGUGGACCAGGUUUCAUCCGUCCCAAUUGGCUCAAGUACAUGGCUGACAAAGUUCUAUAAGUGGGAACAAUCAGAGGAGGAAAGGCAAGGCUGCGUGACCACAUGUAUAGUUACUUUGAAGGCUGGGAACCCGACUCCAACGUUUCUGCAUGUGCACCAGACAUGGUUGGAAGGAUCAGCAGCUUCUAAAGAUCAGUCCACCUGGCUCUUGUAGAUCUCUCUCCUUCCCCUCUCGAACAUCGCCGGAGAAAAGAAAGGAAAAGGUUGGGUAUGCCCGAAAUAAGAAGCUCAACCUAGCCUUUUGAAGUUUUUUUUGUUUUAUGUAAUUGAGUCAUUUUACAUCCAUCACAAAGGAUGAUGAUCGAUGUGCAGUAUGGCUUCCAGUUUCCUUGCUGUUGCUUUGACGUUAGUAGAAGCUAUGUAACAAAAACAAAUAACAAGUGAGAAACGAUGAUGAUAUAUAUUAUAUAUAUCAUUAGGUUGAGAAGUGUUGAUUUGAAUCUGGCUGGCUGCUUCCUUGUCAUCACUCUCUCCGAUUUCAUGUAAUCAUGUCAUUAAUCAAUCGAACGAUGUCGUUUUUACACUUCUGUAAUGCGGAUAGUUAAAAAAAAAAUUGAAUCAGAAAGGGCCCAACCGGGUUCGAACCGGUGACCUCUUGAUCUGCAGUCAAAUGCUCUACCACUGAGCUAUAGACCCUUUUGAUGUCUUGUAUUUUGGUAGUACAGUAAUUAUUUGAUAAUAAAGUUUAAAAUUUUAU